AUGUCUUCUACUGAAAAACAAUACUACAAGGUCGGAGUGUUGGUUUUCCAUGGGGCUGAUAUUCUUGACUUCACUGGCCCAAUGGAGGUCCUGUGUCAUGUCCUGCAUAACCGCAAUCCGGAUGAUCCUGAUCGAAUGUUUGCAAUUGAAGUCAUUGCCCAGACUUCUACUAUCCGCGCCGCUAGCUCUUUGACAGUAAAGGCUGACAAGAUGCUGGCUGAUGCCGCUGAGAAUCUUGCGGAGUACGACUUGCUAGUUGUACCUGGAGGGCCACCCUCUGUGGUUAGCCCUCUUCUCGAGAAUAACUCGCCAGAAGUGGAUUUCAUCCGCAAGUUCGCAGCUCUACCUCUGCCAUCUUCCCAGAGACCCCGAAUUCUCUUCUCUAUCUGUACUGGGGCCUUUUUACUUGGCGGUGCGGGCCUUCUGUCUGGGAUGACCGUUACUACUCACCACCGAGCUGUCGAUUCGCUUCGAGAAAUAUGUGCCAGGUUCAACGACAAGAAAGACAAGGGCGAUCCACCAACGAAUGUAGUGCACAAACGCUACGUGAAUGGGGGUUAUCUCCCGAGAAAUGCUGUACAAGUCAUUACAGCUGGAGGGAUUAGCUCAGGUCUCGACGCUACUUUUCACAUUGUACACGAGCUGGCUGGUGCAGAGAUGGCAGCGUUUGUGGCCCGAGUCAUGGAGUAUGAUUGGGUCUUAAAAUAG